CCCACUCUCUCCCCCGGCACCAGACUCCUCCUGCUGACCGGACGGUGCCCUAGUAGAACAGACGGACCAACUGACAAGGGGAGGCUGUGAGUGUCAUACGGUGGGGAGGGGGAGGGGCCACCAUGUCAUCAUAUCAGAAGGAACUGGAGAAAUACAGAGACAUAGAUGAAGAUGAGAUCCUAAGGACCUUGAGCCCCGAGGAGCUGGAACAGCUGGACUGUGAGCUACAAGAAAUGGACCCUGAGAACAUGCUCCUGCCAGCUGGACUGAGACAACGUGACCAGACAAAGAAGAGUCCAACAGGGCCACUAGACCGAGAUGCCCUAUUGCAGUACCUGGAGCAACAGGCACUAGAAGUCAAGGAGCGUGAUGACUUGGUGCCCUUCACUGGCGAGAAGAAAGGGAAACCUUAUAUUCAGCCCAAGAGAGAAAUCCCAGCAGAGGAGCAGAUUACGCUGGAGCCCGAGCUGGAGGAGGCACUGUCCCAUGCUACAGAUGCUGAAAUGUGUGACAUUGCAGCCAUCCUGGGCAUGUACACACUGAUGAGCAACAAGCAAUACUACGAUGCCAUCUGCAGUGGGGAGAUCUGUAACACCGAAGGCAUUAGCAGUGUGGUACAGCCUGACAAGUAUAAGCCAGUACCAGAUGAACCCCCAAAUCCCACAAACAUUGAGGAAAUGCUAAAGAGAGUUCGGAGUAAUGACAAAGAGCUGGAGGAAGUGAACCUCAAUAACAUACAGGACAUCCCGAUACCCGUGCUCAGUGAGUUAUGUGAAGCAAUGAAGACUAACACCUAUGUCCGGAGCUUCAGUCUGGUGGCCACAAAGAGUGGUGACCCCAUCGCCAAUGCGGUAGCUGACAUGCUGCGUGAGAACCGUAGUCUCCAGAGCCUGAACAUUGAAUCCAACUUCAUCAGCAGCACAGGGCUCAUGGCUGUGCUGAAGGCAGUUCGGGAGAACGCCACUCUUACCGAGCUCCGUGUAGACAACCAGCGCCAAUGGCCUGGUGAUGCAGUGGAGAUGGAAAUGGCCACUGUGUUAGAGCAGUGUCCCUCUAUUGUGCGCUUCGGGUACCACUUCACACAACAGGGACCACGAGCUCGGGCGGCCCAGGCCAUGACCCGGAACAACGAGCUACGUCGCCAGCAAAAGAAGAGAUAGCGUCACCCUUCCUUUUGCUAACAAGAGAUGAGAGCCCUGGACACAUAAGUCCUCAUCUCUCUUCCCUUUCCUGUAAAUAAAAUCCCUUUUGUU